GCGGCCACGAACGCUGGGCACAUCCGAGGCCUGGGGAUCCCUGUCCCCUGCAUCCCUGCCCCCGCCUCUGCAGACCUUGUUGUCCGGGGUGCAAUGGCCCCCUAAACCCAUCUUUUGUCCUGAGGGGUUACGACUUGGGGAGGAGUGGGCUCGCUGCGAGUUGCUUAUUUUUAAUACUAAAGGCUUGACAUGAAAUGCUGACGGAGCACUCUUUGCUAGCACCCUUUAACACUCUAGUCAAGGGCACACGCGCUGAGUUAUAAAGAAGGAUGUGCUUAAUUUGGGAGGAGGAGGGGAAAGGUGUGCCCCACUGAUGGCAGAGUGGCCGUGGUGCUGCAGGGGCUGUCUGGCCGCAGAGCACUGCCAUUCCUGCCUUUACACAGCACUGCCAUUCCUGCCUUUACACAGCCAAGUAGGGACCAGCAUCACAACAGAGCCUUAAAUGCUUUCUGCGGAACAGAAGCCUAACUCAGACAAUGCAUCAAAAUGUAAAGAGUUGGGACCAUGGCUGUUGACUGGAUUGGCUUUGCAUAUGCUUCAUUGCUGGUGGUUGGAGGUGUUGUAGCAUACACUCGUAAAGGUAGUAAAAUCUCUUUAGCUGCUGGACUCGCCUUUGGCUCUGUGGCUGGUUAUGGAGCUUACUGUGUAACAUGUGAUCCGAGAAAUGUGAAGAUAUCAUUGUUUUCAUCUUUUCUUUUGACCAUUAUAAUGGGAAUGAGGUUCAAGAGGUCCAAGAAAUUAAUGCCAGCCGGACUAGUAGCAUGCCUGAGCCUUUUGAUGAUUUUGAGGCUUGUUUUUAUGCUGCUGUAGGAGAUUUAGAACCGAAUAUGACUGCCAUGCCCACCAAACAGACACACUCUCUGUACUUGAAAGACAAGUUUGAACACAAGUCAAGUUUGAACACAAGUCUUACACUGCAUUUAUAUUUUCUGUAAAAGAUCUGUACCUGUUAAUUGAUUAUUGACAUGUGGUGAUACUUUAACAUAUUUUUUAAAAACUAAAGCAAGUGUUUUGUUGGUAUAUUUUGAUCUACAUUGAUUUAAGCAGUCUAUUAACUCAUGGGAUUUUUCUUUGUAAGUUUGAUCUCUUUUAGGGGUGCAGAGCACCCCAGGAAAUUGAAUUACUCUUGCACUGUAUCUCUGAAAGAAUAUAUAUAAAUACAUGUUUAUGCUAAAAAGGUACCUUGUAUUGAAGUAUAAUUUUGUAGUUUCUGAGAUUAAAUAAUCAGUUCUAAAUAAAAAAAAGUCUUGAGCCUGUACUGUGUUGCACUAGAAAACCAAAUUCCUUUCCAACCCACAUUCUUGUUCCCCUGGUUCUAAAUAUAAAAAAUCAGUGUUCAAAUAAAAUGUAAAGUGGUUGAAGCUUAUA